UGGGGGGGAUGGGUGGGAGGGGAUGGGGAGGGGAUGAGUGGGAGGGGAUGGGUGGGAGGGGGGGGGGGGGGGGGGGGGGGGGGGGGGGGGGGGAUGAGUGGGAGGGGAUGAGUGGGAGGGAUGGGGAGGGGAUGAGUGGGGAGGGGGGGGGAUGAGUGGGAGGGGAUGAGUGGGA